AUGACCUUCCUAUACCAAUGUGAACUUGAACUAACUCUCCUGACGAAAGAAGCUUCCACUCCACGGGUGCUCCGACUACGGAAUUCCAGCUUCCACUCUGCCCGUUUGUGUCUAUUACUUAUUGCUGUCUUUCUGGAGCUGUGUCACGGGCUGCCACAGUUCUUCUUUAUACCCUUUAUUUUCACCUCCCACCUCCAUUGUCCGGUUUCUGCCCUAUAG